CUGAAUCUUCUGCAUAUAUAGGACUCACAAAGCAUUUGUAGCGGAGACCGGUGAAACCUUGUAAUUGAGUUUUGCCGAACUUGAUCAAACUGUUCUGGGUGAAUUAUUCUUAAUUGGUUCCUGGAAGUGAAACUUUGUUUUGCUUGAAUUAAUCAUCCACCUUGGACCUUGGUUAUUUAGCAGCAUGAGACUAUGUUUUGGAGCUUAUCUAUAUUUUGUUUAAAGGUCAACAAAUAAAACAAACCGCUUGAAACUUGAAACUUGAGAAGAAUGGAUACCUUCCUAUUCACUUCCGAGUCGGUAAACGAGGGUCAUCCCGACAAGCUAUGUGAUCAGAUAUCUGAUGCAGUUCUUGAUGCCUGCUUGGAGCAAGACCCUGAAAGCAAGGUUGCAUGUGAGACAUGCACCAAGACUAACUUGGUCAUGGUAUUUGGAGAGAUCACUACAAAAGCCAAGGUAGACUACGAGAAGAUUGUGCGCGACACGUGUCGUUCCAUAGGAUUUGUGUCUGAUGAUGUUGGCCUUGAUGCUGACAACUGCAAGGUUUCGGUCUACCUUGAGCAGCAAAGCCCUGACAUAGCUCAGGGAGUCCAUGGCCACCUCACCAAGCGACCUGAAAACAUAGGAGCUGGUGAUCAGGGUCACAUGUUUGGCUACGCCACAGAUGAAACACCUGAGCUCAUGCCUCUCAGCCAUGUCCUUGCAACCAAGCUUGGUGCCAAGCUCACUGAAGUCCGCAAGAAUGAGACCUGUCCUUGGCUGAGACCUGAUGGAAAAACUCAAAUCACUGUUGAGUAUGUUAAUGAUCAUGGUGCCAUGGUCCCAGUGCGUGUCCACACUGUUCUCAUAUCUACUCAACAUAAUGAAACAGUUACCAACGAUGAGAUUGCUGUAGACUUGAAAGAGCAUGUUAUUAAGCCUGUUAUUCCUGACAAGUACUUGGAUGAGAAGACUAUUUUCCAUCUCAAUCCAUCUGGUCGUUUUGUGAUUGGUGGCCCUCAUGGGGAUGCAGGUCUCACAGGGCGUAAAAUCAUUGUUGACACAUAUGGUGGUUGGGGAGCUCAUGGAGGUGGUGCUUUCUCUGGGAAGGACCCUACCAAGGUGGAUAGGAGUGGAGCCUAUAUUGCUAGACAGGCUGCCAAGAGUAUUGUGGCCAAUGGACUUGCUAGAAGGUGCAAUGUGCAAAUAUCAUAUGCAAUUGGUGUUCCUGAGCCAUUGUCUGUGUUUGUUGACACUUUUGGCACCGGAAAUAUUCCUGACAAAGACAUUUUGAAGCUUGUGAAGGACAACUUUGAUUUCAGGCCAGGAAUGAUUUCCAUUAAUUUGGACCUGAAGAGGGGUGGAAAUGGCAGGUUCUUAAAAACUGCUGCGUAUGGCCACUUUGGAAGAGAUGACCCUGACUUCACAUGGGAGGUAGUGAAGCCUCUUAAGAGGGAAUAAAAAAGCUGUUUGCGAUGAAAAUAAUAAUGUUUUCAAUCUUCAUAACCAAGAUCAUAAUGAAAAUAAUAAUGUAUCUCUUCUUUUAAAAAAUAAAAAUAAAAUAUUCUACCCUUUCUGUCCAUCUCCAAUGUUUGUUAGGUCUUUCUCACAUGA